AUGGCUUCCUCCUUCCACCUUCUACUCCUUUCCUUCCUUCUCCUCUUCUCCUCCUCCUCCUCUGAGGCCAAAACAUCCUCCCAACCGCGCGCCCUCAUCCUUCCAGUCUCCAAGGACUCUUCCUCUCUCCAAUACCUUACCCGCAUACACCAAAGAACUCCUCUUCGCCCCAUAACUCUAACCCUCGAUCUUGGCGGCAAAUUCCUUUGGCUUGAUUGCGACCGAGGCUACGUCUCUUCCUCCUAUCGCCCCGCCCGAUGUGGCUCCUCCCAAUGUUCGCUAGCUCGGUCUGGUGGGUGUGGCGACUGCACCCCUCCUGCAAGGCCAGGGUGCAACAACGACACUUGCUCCGUCCUCCCGGGCAACACAGUGACUCAAACCGGCACCAUGGGUGAACUUGCCGAAGACACCAUAUCUAUUCAAACGACUGACGGAUUCAAUCCCGGACGGGCUGUGUCAGUGCCCCGAUUCCUCUUCUCUUGUGGUGCCACAUUUCUCCUAAAGGGGCUUGCCAAAGGUGCCAAGGGCAUGGUUGGGCUUGGAAGGACAAAAAUGGCUCUUCCUUCACAAUUUGCUUCCUACUUUGGUUUUCAUAAAACAUUUGCUGUUUGCUUGAGUUCCUCCGCAAGAUCCAACGGGGUCAUCUUCUUUGGGGAUAGCCCAUAUAAUCUUCUCCCAAAUGUUGAUGCCUCCAAGUCCCUUGUCUACACCCCUCUCUUCAUCAAUCCAGUAAGCACCGCACCAGCUUACUUCGAAGGAGAGCCCUCCUCCGAGUACUUCAUUCAUGUCAAGGCCAUCAAGAUCAACGGCAAAGUCGUGCCGCUAAACACAACAUUGUUGUCUAUCAACGCAGAUGGCAUUGGGGGGACAAAGAUCAGCACAGUCAAUCAAUACACUAUCAUGGAGACUUCCAUAUACAAGGCAGUGGCCAAGGCAUUCACAAAGGAGCUUCGAAACAUCACUCGAGUGACACCAGUAGCUCCUUUCGAGGAGUGCUUUAACUCGAAGGGGAUCAUAAGCACACGCGUGGGGCCAUCAGUGCCUUCUGUGGACCUGGUGCUACAGAAAGAGAGUGUCUACUGGAGGAUAUUUGGAGCAAACUCAGUGGUGCAGGCUAAGGAUGAUGUGCUGUGUUUAGGAUUUUUGGAUGGGGGCAGGGACGCUAGGACUUCCAUUGUGAUAGGAGGACACCAAAUAGAGGACAAUCUUCUGCAGUUCGACCUAAAAAAGUCUAGACUUGGGUUCAGCUCUUCCCUUUUGUUCGCCCGAACUACCUGUUCCAACUUCAACUUCACAUCGAAUGCUUGA